AUGCUUGAGUAUACUUGGGAUUACGGAUUUCUUGAUGGAGAAACAGAAAUUGUCUAUAUUCGAACAAUGCUAAAUAAAUGUAAUAAAAUCUCAGAUGACAUGUCAUGGUUCGAUUGUAUAGUAUCAUUAGUUGCAGUAUCGCAGCAAUUCUUUCGUACGAAUGAAGAUAAGAGUAGUGUAUCUUUACGUGAUGUUGCACGCUUCUGUCGAUUUUAUAAUUGGCUUCUAAAUUUAUCUCCUGAAUUCAUCUAUGAACAUUCUAGGAUUAUAAAUCAAGAAUUUAUUCAACAAACAACUCUCGUUGCACUUCUUCUUACGUAUUAUCUCCGUCUUAGUUCCUCUGAAUUACGAGAGUCUUAUUUGAAUAAUAUUUCAGUAGUGCUUAACAACAAAUUUCAAAACAUAAGCAAUAUAUCAAGGUAUUUAAUUCGAUUAUUACAAAAUCAACAAAUGAAAUUGAUUGACAAGAUCAAAUUACCAUCGGGUACGGCUAUAAAUCGAGCACUUAUCGAUAAUAUCUUUGUUAUUUUUGCAUGUGUUUUGAAUCGAAUACCAGUUAUUCUAUGUGGUAAACCUGGUUCAAGUAAAACAUUAGCUGUUAAUAUCGUUCUAAAUAAUUUAAAAGGAAAACGAUCUAAUCAAAAAUUGUUUCAAACAUUACCUGAAUUAAUUCCUAUUUCAUAUCAAGGUUCACAAAAUUGUACUUCAGAUAAUGUUAUGAAAUUAUUUGAAUGUGCCGAAAAAUAUUUAGAUGUAGAAAGAAAUACUAAUAUUUUACCUGUGAUUGUAUUUGAUGAAAUUGGUCUUGCUGAAUUAUCUUCACAUAAUCCAUUAAAAGUACUUCACAGUAAAUUAGAAAUGGAAACAUGUAGAUAUGGUUUUAUUGGUAUAUCGAAUUGGUCUCUUGAUGCAGCAAAAAUGAAUCGUGCAUUAUAUUUACCUUGUGCUGAUCCAACUGUACAUGAUUUACGAUUAACAGCAGAAACUAUAGCAUCUUCAUUACUUGAAACUUCUAAUCAUCUUAUUCCAAUCGAUACUUCAAUUGUUAGAAAUCUUGCUGCUGCCUAUUUUGAUUUAUAUGAAUAUAUGAAUGAACAAUCUAAAUAUAAAAACUAUUUUGGUCUACGUGACUUUUAUUCUUUGAUUAAAGGAGUUGUAAAUGAUUUAAUACAUGCAUCAACAGAACAAGAAUCGUAUACUAGUGUUCGACGACAAUUAGGAAUUAAUUUUGAUGGAAUUUUUGAUGGUUCACAAUUUUUAUGGGAACGUUUUUGUAAAUAUACUCAUAAAGAAUAUUUAAUCGAACAAGAACAAUCAUUAAUAUUUAAUCAAAUGAUUGAUCGAUCUCUUUCAUUACAUAAUGGUCGAUAUUUAAUGUUAAUCGGAGAAAAUGAAAGUAUGUUUGAUUAUGUUGAACGAUAUAUUAAUGCUAAACAACAAUCAACACGAAUAAUAAUUGGUAGUUCACUAACAGAUGAUUUAAUUGCAGGUACAACUUAUAGUGAACAAUAUAAUCAAAGAAUAUUAAUGGAUAUAAUUCUUCAUGCUGAAACAAAUGUAACUUUGAUAAUGCGUCGUAUGAAUCAUAUAUAUGCAAAUCUUUAUGAUUUAUUUAAUCAAAAUUUUAAUGUAUCAGGAAGUAAAAAAUAUUGUCGUAUUACACUUGGUGCUUUCUAUCAACCAUGUUUUCUGGUUCAUGAUGAUUUCUUUUGUAUAAUAUGUAUUCGACAACAAGAUUUAAUAAAUUGUGAUCCUCCAUUUCUCAAUCGUUUCGAAAAACAUAUUAUUGAUAUAGAAAGUCUUAUUCAUUCAUAUCAUUUAAUAGUUGCAUCAAAUUUCUUAGAAUGGAUUGAUAAAUUAUUAUCAUAUAAUUCGAAUAAAAAUUUUCCACAAAAGAAACAUCUUUUUGUUGAUUUCAAUCCAGAUUAUAUUUGUAAUUUAGUUAUGGAUGCAUACGAUUAUUUAAAAAUUUCUGAAGAUGAUAAUGAAUAUCGAAAAGAUGAAAUUAUUCAAUAUUGUCAACAGAAAUUAAUACGUACAAGUUCAUUUGAUUUUCCUCUUUAUUUAUCAUGUAAAAUUAAUAAUGAUGAUGAUAAUGAUCAGAUACAAAAGUUAAUAGAACAAUACUAUAAUAUACAUAAUAAUCUUUCAUUUUUCGAUUUAAUUGAUCAAUCAUUAAAUCAAUCGAUAAUUUCAAAUCAAAUUAUUUAUACUUAUACACAAAUAUAUGAAAAAAUUGAAUAUAUACACAAUAAUGAUCUUAUUGUUGAAGUUAAAAUAGGUAAUUUUAAAAGUGAAUUUGAAUUACGAAGAAUGAUUCAGGAAUAUUAUCGAUCAAAUAAUACUCGCCUAUUACUUAUUCGUGUUGAUUAUCAUGAAGAAUAUAAACAUAUUCUGUUUCUCAAACAUCUUGUAGCAAACGAAAGAAUACCAAUAAGUAAUCAUGGUGUAUGGUUAAUAUUUCAUUUACAACGUAAUAUUAUGCAUGAAAUUAAAAAUGAUAUUUUGUUUAAUGGAUGGUCACCAGUCAUGAUUGAUAAUCUUAAUAAACAUAAACUUAUAUCAUUGGAUGUUUUAACUAAUCCUUCAUAUCGUAAUCUUCUACUUCAUACAGAUUUUUCUCUAUCAAAUAUUACUUUCAAUGAACUUAUUAGUCGAUCUUUUAUAAGAGUUCGAUAUACAGUUGCAUGCAAAGAUAAAGAAUAUUUAAUUAAUAAUCGACGUGAUUCUAUAAUCAAAUUAUUGUCUCAAUCAAAUAUCGAUACAGAAUCUCUUCAUAUGAUUAUUAAAAAUCGUCUUUUAGAAUUAAUACGAACAGUUGAUUUUAAUCAUAGUCGUUCUAAAUUUAUUGAUUGGCGUCAUGAUCUACUUACAAAUGGAACAAUCAUUGGUUCGUGUCGUUCAAUUGAUGAUGCUUUGAGAAUGACAAUAUUACUCUAUUAUUGUAAUUAUUUUCUAAUGCUUUUGAUUGAUCUUGAAAAAUCUUCACUAAUAGAUUCAUAUAUGUUUCUUAUGUCGAAAAAGAAUGAUAUUAUAUAUGAAAAUUUAAAAUCUAUUUGGUUUGAUUGUUUGAAAUUAACAUUUGAAUCUAUGGAACAAACAUUUACGUAUAUGAAUACAAUUGAAAUUUCACUUAUUUUUGAUCUUCAUCUACCUCGUGCAAGAUUCGAACGUGAAAUUAUUCGUCAAAUAAAUGAAAUGAUUACAAAAUCAAAUGAAAACAUUGAUAUUAAUCUUCCUCAUGAUCAAUUAUUACGUUUUGCAAUGGAAAAACUACGAAGUACAAGUAUCUAUGGAAAAAAUAUUGAAAAUAUACUUGAUAAUUUAGAAUUAUUUGAACAUUAUUAUCAUGAUCAAAUUGCAAUUAUAUUAGAUGAGAUACGAAUUGAUCAUUUAACUGUUUCAUUUGCACAACGUUUGUUAACAUCCAAUCCAACAUUAACUGUCGAAGAUAAACUUAAACAUCUUCUUCUUUAUCAUAAUGAAUUAAUUGAAUUAUUACAUUUAUUUGAAAUCGGUAUAGAACUUAUUGGUGAAGAAAAUUGGAAUUUCGAUGAACAAUUUUACAUUUAUGACAUGACAAAAAUAACAUCGAUAAAUAAUUUAAGUAAUCUCUAUAUUCUUGUUCAAAUAGAACAACAAUUUUAUCAAGCUCCACCACAACAAUCAUUAAGUGAUAAAUCUUAUGAAUGUGCUGGUGAUCCAUUUAUUGAAACAAGUUUAAUGAAUUUAAUUGAAUUACUUCUUUCUUCACCGAUUAUUGAUCGUAUGGAUAAUAUAGCACAGUUAUCAACUACCUACAGUCUUAUUGUACAAGGUGUACUAGCUUUAGAUCAUUACAAUGUUAAUAAUCUAGAAAAAUUACGUUCUUUUGAUAGUCUUGUUCGUUGUAUUAUGGAUCUACUUCCUAACGAUCGAGCUUCAAUUGUUUUCAAAAAUAUUUGUCUCCCUCAUCAGAAUAGUACUGUUUUUAAUGGCAAUUUUCCAACAUAUGAUACUAUUGAUGUGUUUAUAAAUCGUUUAAGUGAAAUGAUUAAAAUUGAAAGUAAAAAUUCAUUGAAUCUAUUGAAUUGUCGAUCAUUACUUAAACUUGAAAUGGAAUUUUUAAAAAAUUGGUUAAUCGAUCAUAGUGAACAAUAUUGUACUGUUCUUGAAUAUAUAAAUAAAUCUGAUAAGAAUUUAUGGUUUUAUUCAGCAAAAAUAUUUAAAUAUAUCGAUCAAAAACUUCAUUUAAUGUCAAUAAUUAAAACUAGAAUGACAGAAUUAUCAUCAAUAUCUGAACUUGAAAAUCUUGAUCAAUAUUUUUAUCAAUCAAAUGAUAAGAAACAAAAAAUUGAAUGUAUUAUGAUCAAUCGUAUAUAUGUUUCUCUUAUGAGUUUUAUUACUGAUGAAGAUAUGAUUGAAAAAUAUUUAAUCGAUUAUUAUGAUUAUUUUCGAGAGAAUAUCUAUAGUAAUAAAUCUAAUCAUGGACUUUCAAUGAUUGUUUCGAUUGCUUGGCUAAAAGUCUAUACUGAAAUGUAUGCAUAUUCAUUGAGUAGAGAUAAUCAUAGUAUGAUUAUGGAAGAUAUCGAUAAACUACUUACAGAAGAUCAAUCUAAAUUUGGUUUGACUUUAAAAAUAUAUAUUAUUAAACAAUUAUGUCAAAUGUAUCAUAUAAAACUUGAAGGAUUAUAUGAUAUUUUUGUCAAUCGAAAUUGUUAUUGGAUCAAGGAAAUCUUUUCACGAUAUAGUCAACAACAAGGGCACAAAUUUAAGCAAAAUAUUAUUCUUCCAAUGCCACUUUUUGAAGGUUCACAAGAAUACAUAAAUAUGAAUAAAACACUUGACAAUAAUGAACUAGUGUAUGAAAUGAAAAAUUUAAUUGAAAGAUGUUCAAAUAAUCAACAUGCAUCGUAUUGUUUUAUCAUGACUUUCGUGCAUCAUUAUGUAAAUUUCUAUACUACAAACAAAUGUAAUGAUGAUCAUGUACAACUUAUCGAAAAAUUACAAACAGAUUUGAACAAAUGUUUUGAACCUAUUGGUUAUAAAUUAUUGGUUUUAUUAUGUCAAAAUUUUUCUGUCGAUUCUUAUUAUCAUUUAAAUCAAACAAUGAGUUUAGAUAUGUUACAUCGUCGUCUACUUGCACUGAAUAUUGUUGCUAUAUUUCUCUCGUUUAAAGCUUAUAAAAAUUCAACUUUUCUCAGCAGUAUUCUCUUUGAUGAAAGACUUAAAAUGCCAAAAAAUUAUGUAGAACACUUGGAAAAUUCUAUAUGUUUGCCAAGUCUCAUAUCAAAUAAUUCAGUUAAUAUCAGAGAACACAAUAAUAACUUACGAUUUGGUUUUUAUAGCAUGAAACCUGCGAAAGAAAGUGAUAUAAAUGAAAAACCUGAUUAUCUUAAUUUAUCUAUCUCAUUUCGUUUUAUUCAUAUGAUUAUUCAUGCUGUUUUACUUUUCUUACAUGAACUCGAUCAAUUAAAUAAUUCAAAUCUACCUGAUCGUAAUUAUUUUCGAGAACAUUUUGAAAAAGAUUACGAAUUUCUAUGUCAAUUAUCAACUGAACCAGAUCAAUGUUAUAUAUGGUUAUUUAAAUUGAUGAAUCAUUUAAUUGCUGGUGAUUUUCUACAAGAAGAUUUUCUAAAUACUCAUCAAAAGGUAAUUGAAUUAGAAAAAUCUAUUGAAAAUAAAUUAAUUAUUCCUCAUAUUGAAUCAAUAAUCGAAGAAAUUCAAAAAUAUAAAUUAAAAUAUAAAACAUUACUAAAACAAAAAAGUAAUCAAUCAAUAUUAAAUGAUUUAAUCGAUGAACUUAUUGAAGAUGAAAAUCAAUAUCCACUUUUGCAUUUUUUCAACAUAAUCACUAUUCAUUUAGGUAAUCCUAUGGAUGCAUUUCGUGCUAAACUUCGAAUAACACCAAAUGCCCAUAAAGUAUAUCCAAUAACAAUAUUUUUACUUCAACAAUAUGAUGAUUAUACAAAUAUUCAAUAUCUCUAUCCAAUUGUUAUAUUUACAAAUUAUCUUAUCCAAAAAUUGAAUUAUCGAAUAACACGUAAAAAUGCAUCGAAAAAAACAAUUAGCGAAAUUUUAUUCAAUGAUUCAGAUAAAGAGGAAACAUUAAAAUUAUAUGAAUAUUUUAUUCAAGCAUGGUAUAAACUUAACUUUAAAGAAGUUCGUUUAAGUUCUCAGACUAUAACAUUUGAAAAUAAGUAUUCAUUGGAAGAUUUUGCAAAAAAAACUGAAAUUUCUAAAUUAUUAUUGAAUUCAUCAGGAGAUGAUAAUAAUAGUCUUUUGUUAGUUGCUUGUUUAAAAACUAUUGCUGAAUUACAAAAUGAUAUUGUUAAACAUUUUCAUGAAAUUAUGAAUUCUAAUACAAUGAAUAAAAAACUUCAACCACAUGUUGUAUCAUUACAAGCUGUACAAAAAAAACAUCUUUUUUGUAUCGAUCAAGAAUUUAUUAGUAGAAAAUUGAUUGAUGAUGGAUCUAUUAUAAACUAUGGUUAUGGAAAAGGUAAAGACAUUAUUUAUGAUUAUGACGAAAUUGAAUUUAUGCUUCGUGACAAGAUCAGUUGUUUACCAUUAAUUGAUACAGAAAGAUUACAUUUUCUAAAUUAUCAAUUUGAACUCUAUGAUGAAAAUACAUCAAUGAUUACUGAUGUUCGAAGACGUAUCGAACAAAAGCAAUUGACUAAUAAAGAACGAAUUGAAUUGGAAAAUUUAAUUAAAAAAAAUUCAAAUGAUGAUAUUCUUCACUAUCUUGGUUCACUUGAUUAUAUCUUUACAUAUUUACGUCAUUUUGAAUAUAAAAAUGUAUCAAUAUUAACAAUUAAAAAUUUUGUCGAACAAUAUAUUGAUUCAAAAAUAUGUCUCAAUGAUAAUUUACUUCGAGAUUCUAUGCUUUCAACAAUUGAACUUAAAUAUAUCAUUGAUUUGUAUCAAUUAAUUGAAGAGAUUGUUUUCGAAAAAAUUCUACGAAACAAUAUUAGACAAGAUUUAGCUGAAACAUUAUUAUUUUCAGAUAAUAGAGAAAGUCAUCUUAUUAAUCAAUUUAUUGCUUUGACAUCAGGAAAAAUAACAAUAACUCCUCGUCUGAAAAAUUUAGAUUGCUGGAUUAAAAUGCUCAAAAGACUUAUUGUACGUGUUUCAAUGAAUACUAAUUUGAGUUUUGAUGUACCCUUACAGCAAUAUAUAACUCGUUCUGACUUGUGGACUGUUGAUAUCACUCCCGAUGAUAUUGAAUCUUUUAAAAUUAAUGAUGAUAUUUUAUUACGA